UGGAACCACAUGUUGCUGGGUUUGACUAAACCACGACUGGCUGCUGCAGCAGCAUCUAUCCUCUCCCCUCCUUGCAUUGUGCGUCUGCAUGUGUAGUUCCUGCCACCUGUGGCAGCACUCCUAUUCCCUCUACGCCACCAAAAGCGAACAAAAAAAAAAACAGCAAUUGGAGAGGAGAGCAAAGGAGAGGCUGGACGAGGAGAGGAUAUCUUUCAUGAUAAGUGGACUUCUGAUAGAGAGAGAUCCACGGUGCACUUGACACAAAUGAAAGCAGAAUACUAAAGCCAGCAGGAUGCCUGGACUCAUUAACAAGGAGAGCCAGUGUGCUCUGCCCCUCAGUGUGUCUGACAUCACCUGCUGCGUCAGGGGUUAUACUCUGGCUCUGACGGCCUCUAUGACCUACGAGAAUAUUGAGGAUCAUGCAAUUGAGGGUAUCUUCAUAUAUCCACUGGAAGAAAAUUCCAUUGUUGUUGGGUUUGAGGCUAUGAUAUCCAGUCAAAUUAUAACCCUGCAAAUAAAAGGCAAGGCAAAACUUGAUGAUUGUUAUCAGGACAUCUGCCACACCGCUAACGGGGCUCUCCAGAGCGGCACCGCUACAGGGAACAUACUGGUGGAUGAGGACUUUGAGAGGACUGUGCUAGUGGUUAACCUUGGAAUUAUCCCCCCAAUGGAGACGGUACAUAUCCUGGUCAGCACAUCGUCUGAGCUCACCACUUUGCCCAGUGGAGGUAUCAGGGUCUCAUCCCCACCAGUUUGUACUCCUCGGGUACAAAGGACCAUCAACGAGGAGCAGGGAUUGUCGCCAAACUUCUCCCGAACUCGUGAAAGACCCACUUGUGCCUCAAGUCCUCACGAUCAGAAUCCAAACUCCUCUCCGCUGUGGCUGGCAACGCUGCUGGAGGAUGAGGCCAUAAACUCUAUGGACUAUGAAUUUAACUUCCAGCUGGAGAUUCGAGCUCCGUACCUUCUUGCAGGAGUGGAGAGCCCUUCUCACGCCAUUCGAGCUGAUGCAGACCCUCUGGCCCGCUCGGCAACCAGCGUCGUCAUCACACUGGCUGACAAGUACACUUACGACUGCCCUGUCGAAAUACUCAUCUACCCCAGCGAGCCCCAUGUGCCGCACGUUCUCGUCGAGAAUGGAGACAUGACGCAGGAGGAGUACGACGAGUUUCUUCACAGUCGGAGUGAUUUCAUCAAAGCAACCAAGAAGGACUCCAGCAAUCAGAGGAAAGUAGACGUCAUUCACAGACGGCUGCAUAAGGACAUCCUCCACAACCCCGUGGUCAUGUUGAACUUUUGUCCCAACCUCAAAUCCAUCUGCUCAGACCUGAGGAAAGUUCACGGCGAAUUCAUCUUCCUUAUUGACAGAAGCGGCAGCAUGAGCGGACUCAACAUCCACCGUGUGAAGGACGCCAUGGUGGUUAUCCUGAAGAGUUUGGUGCCUGGCUGCCUUUUUAACAUCGUUGGAUUUGGAUCCAUGUUCAAAUCACUCUUCACAACCAGCCAGAACUACGAGGAGGAGACCCUGGCGCAGGCUUGUGAUUAUAUCAGGAAGAUGAGAGCUGACAUGGGGGGCACCAACAUGCUGGCGCCGCUCACCUGGAUUGUGAGGCAGCCCACGUUCAGCGGUCACCCCAGGCUGCUCUUUCUGCUCACAGACGGAGCCGUCAGCAACACAGGCAAGGUUAUUGAGCUGGUCCGCAGCCACGCACGCUACAUCAGAUGUUUCACAUUCGGCAUUGGACAAAAUGCAUGCCGGAGGCUGGUGCAGGGGUUGGCGGCUGUUUCCAAAGGAACAGCUGAAUUCCUGGCUGAUGGAGAGAGGCUGCAGCCCAAGAUGAUAAAGUCGCUGAAGAAAACCAUGUCCCCGGUACUCAGUGACAUUUCCAUCGAAUGGCUCUUUCCUGAAACCAAAGAGGUGCUGCUCUCCCCUGUUGGCAACACCUUCCUCUUUCCAGGAGACAGUCUGAUUGGCUACAGUGUGGUGUGCGACACUACCCGUUACCACGACAACCCCAAAUCUGAUAAAAGGAGGCGAUACAGCAUGAUGCGCUCCAUUGAGUCAGCCAGCUCGGUGUUUUACCACUCACAAGAGGAGGAGGCGGGGAAGACGGGAGCGGACAGUCAGGGGUCCCACUGGGAAGCACCCUGCGGCACGCUGCAUGACUCCUACCAGGACGCCAUGACAGAGAGUGGCCUGGUCAUCACAGAGCCAGACCUCACAGAUGACACAUCACCAAGGAGACGUGCAUACAGCACAAACCAGCUCAUGGACUACAACCCAGCAAAGAAAUCCUUUACUCCCAGUGACCCCAACUCUGUGGUGCCCAAGAAUCCCUUGCGGAGGAGCAAAGUCCAGGACCUGACAGGCCAGAUGAGCCCUGAGCAAGAAAUGCACUGGAAGAACGACUGCCAGCCACAGCUGGCUGGUCUGUGCGCCCCGUCCUUCAGAGGGCGACCUGGCACCGGUCACAAGCCGCCUCCACAGCAGGAGGAGGACUCUGAGCUUCAUCCCCAACCCCAGCUACAGGAUGGCCCUCAGCCAAGCGACGGCACCGGGGUGCCUGUGGCUCGCAACCUUGCUGGGGAUGAUGGGUCCAGAUCGUCCACAGACAGCCCCUCUGUUGGCAGCAUUGGAGACACAGAUGGAUAUGGCCACCAGAUGUGUCAAGCAGAAACCCCUCAAGAGACCCACAUGUCACAUCUGGGGACCACCAGCCAUCACAAAGGAGACUGCAAAGCAGUGGUGUCGGGAUUGCUGUGUGGGAAACCCAUGAAGUGGGAGGUGGUUUUUGACAUCGAGCCGUUUUUAAGCGGCCGGGAACGUGAGGAAAAGGUUCACGAGGAGCUGUGGAACGAGACGUUUCACCACCUGGCCGGGAGCUCCAUCAUACACGACUUUGAGCACAUGGCCGAUAAAGAGUCUGAGAUAGAACAAGGUUCUGGCAGGAAGUACCAGGUUUACGUUAUUCACACUAGCAAAGCCUGCAAUAUACUGAGCAAAUACACAGCAUUUGUUCCCAUUGACCUGGACACCAAUGAGUAUUUGCCAACAAGUGUUGAAUGCAUUAAUGUGGGUGCAAGCCUGAAGAGGGGCUCCAGGUCUUGUUCAGGAAGCAGGAAGAACAGAGGAUACUCCAUCGGGCUCGGUCGUUCUCAGUCCGGCGGCAUGUCAGAGGAAGCCGAAGAUGUCCUCCUGCCUUACAAUGCAGAGGACGGCGUCUCUCCAUGCAGCACCCCUUCCUCCGCCGGCUGGGACAAAUGCAGCUUCACAGAGGUCGCCCCACAAAGGAGUCCAUCUGUUACCUCAGACCAAUCACAGAAAUCGGUGGAGAGUCUUUUUUCUGCCAGGCUGGCCCUCAGCAGGACUCGCCUCCUGACCCGAGCUGCAAAAGGAUUCAUGUGUCGAACGCACAGCAAGUCUGGUGAUUCAAUAGGAGAAAGUGAAAACGAGAACAAAGACUACAUUCCCCUGGUGUUGUUGCAGUUGGCGAGCGGCGCAUUUCCCCUGGACUCAGCUCUCUGUGAAGCCAUUAACGUGCCGAUGGACAAGCUGAAGUGGACGUCGCCUUUCGCCAGCCAUCGCUCCAGCCUAGGCCACCUGUCUCACUCCGGCAGCCGGCGCACUGACAGCACCGACGACGGGUCCAGAUUGCCGUUUGAGCCAGACCCUUAUCAGCCGGCAGCAGAUCACUCUGCUGGCAUCAACAGCCCCUCUUAUCCAUCCAGAAAUGCCUGGCCGGACGCGGGCCAGUCCGCCGCAUUUGAACCCCAGUUUUUCUCAGAGGGCUCAGAAACGGCGUCACCUGGCAGCGCGAUGAAGAGGAUGCAGGAUCCGGAGAACAUGGUGUGGGCAACGGCCGUCGCCCUGGCCUGGCUGGAGCACAGCUCUGCCAGUUAUUUCACAGAAUGGGAGCUGGUGGCGGCCAAAGCCAGCAUGUGGCUGAAUGCGCAGGACAUCCCAGAGGGGAAAGAUUUAGCCUCCAUCAAGGCUGCUGCCAAUCAGCUCUUCAUCAUCCUCAGACACUGGGAUGAAAACCUGCAGCUAAACAUGCUCUGCUACAACCCCAGCUCUGUCUGAGGCCUUAAACAAACUCCAUACCAGAUGAUACUAUGCUAACCAAGGCUGUACCAUCACAGUGAUGUUGCAAAAGUAUUCAUAUCCCUUAAACUUUUUUUUUCCAUUUCACAACAGCCUCAGUGUUUUAUCUUGCCAUCUUGCGUGAUAGACCAACACAAAAUACUGUUUUGUUCUGAAGAGGAAGGAAAAUGUUACAUGAUUUUCAAAUUUGUUACAAUAAAAAAAUCUGAAAAGUGAAAUAUGUGUUAGUGUUCAGCCCCCUUACUCUGAUACUUCCAAGUAAAAUUCAAUCCAACAAAUUACAAAGUAUUAGUAAAUACAGCCCAACUUUGUGUAAUUUCAGUAAAAAUCCAGAAUAUGUCACAGGUGUCACGAGAGUAGCAAGAGGAAAAUUACUCAAAGGUAACUCUGGAGGAGCUCCAGAGAUCCAGGUGGGGGAAACAUCUGAUAGGACUUACACAAAUCUGGCCUUUACGGAAACGUAGCAAGAAGGUUGUAAAUUCUGAAACAAAGCUAUGAUUAAUAUUUAAACACAGCAAACAAAGAAUAGGAGCCCAAAAUUGAAAUUUAUGGCUGACUUUCAGCAUACUGUGUGCUGAAAGUCAACCCACAAUAUGCUUAAUAAUCCCCAAAACUGCAAUGGAUAUGCUUAGAUAAAAGCAAAUGGAUGGAUCAGAUUGGCCUAGUCAAAGUUCAGACCAGGGUUCUGCAACCUCUACAGUCCAAAGAACCGUUUUUAUCCUCAAGAUAAAGUCAAGAUAAAAUGUAAUUAAAAAUGAAAAAGGCAAUCUAUAAUUUCUGGUAUAUAUCUACUAUAAGAAAAGUGUUAUUUUUAAUUACUAUCUUUUUAUGUCUGUUUUCUUUUUAUUCUUUUAAAAUAAAGAAAACCUAACACUUUUGCAAGAAAGAGGAUGCAUACAUGUCAUUGUCUUCUAUGGGAUGUUGAGGUUUGCAGAAAGUAUGUAAAUAAAGUCACAUAUUUACCAACUUAAUGACAAAAAAAUAAAAAUUUAAAGUAAUUUUAGUGUCAUUUUUGUUUUUGGAAACUAAAUGAAAUUGUUCCAUGAAAUAAACUAUAUCUAGUUUUUAAGGGUGAUGCAGAACCCUUUUCUAGACCUAAAUCAAACUGAGAAUCGGUUCCAAAACUUGAAAAUUGUUGUUCACUAGAUCUCUGUUCAAUCUGGCUGAACUGAGCUAUCCUGCAAAGGUUUUCCAGCAGUAACAGUAUUAUAAUCUGGUUCUUAAAAGUAUUAACUCAGGGCUACUAAAUAAAAAUGCUGUUUAUCCCCCAACCAGGUGCUUUCCAAUGGUAAUGAAUUGCAUUUAGGGGAACAGAACUGAAGUGUAUGGCAUGACUUUCAGAUUUUUGCUUCUAAAAAUAUUUUAAUCAUGUACUUUCUUUCCUAUUACACUACUUUGUGUCGGUCUGUUCCAUGAAAUCCUAUAGAUAUAUAUUGACCUUGGUGGUUGUAAUGUGUCCGAAUGUUAAAGAAAAAAAAAACAAUCCAAGGGGUAUUGAUGCAAAGCACUGUCUACAGAGCAGUUUGUGCUCUGGAGUCUGAUUUUUCUUUUCCUGUUGCAGUGGUGAACAAUGUGUGUUUUGCUCUGUUUGUAUGUGCUGUUCCUCCUGACAUAUCACAGGCUCGUCAGAGACACUUUUUCUAAGCUGUAACCUCGCCGGUGCCAGGCUCACCCACUGGAUCUCCGUAAGCGAGAGCCGUGUUUAUGAGUUUGUGGAGAAUCAGUGUUAACGUUUUAGCAUGUUGGACCGGUCUCCCAUCAACAUGUGAGCAACACUACUGUUGUCAUCAUAUGGAUGUUCUGGCUGGAAUGCUGCAAAACUAAGAGAAAAAAAAUUCUUUAAUUUAUUGAUACAGAUUUGUUACAUUUUUGGACUUAGCUGUGUUGUAAAAGCAGAGAUUAUUUUACUAAGAAGCAUUUGGGUUCUCACUAGUGGAAUUGUUCCUCUUUUAUUUUGUGUCUGUUACUAUUACAAUGUUAUUGCUACUUAUGUUUUGUUUAAAGUGUAGCAGAGACUGAAAAAUAUGCAAACAGCUAAAGAAAACAUUAAAUCUGUAUGUUGACAUCUAAAUAUAUAUAUAUGGAUCUGGUAUAAAUGGAAGAAUGUGCAUGUUUUUGUUGCCUUAUUUAGGCGAAUACUGUGGUUAUUUUCAUUUGAAUGAUUUUAAUUCACAUGUGCUUUUUUUUUUAAUAAGAAAACAUAAUUUUUGGUGUUUGCUCAAAAGAGUAGUGUGGCUGUGAGUUCAAGGUUAGUCCAGUUUAAGAAAUUGAAAGUUUAGUCACAGCUGAUACUUCAUUAAAACUUUAGGAAUUGAGUUAAAAAAUUUAAUGCAAUUUUUCAAAUACAUUUUUACUUAUUAGGAUAUUCAAAUUUAGUGUCACUUUUACUAACUGAACCAGAAGAUACUUGAACCAAUUAACUUGAACAUGCACCAUUAAUACAUGGCUUUUUGAACCAUCAAGUUGAUUUCAGGAUUUUUGAAACACAGAAGUUAACGGCUCAUCUUCUCAUAUCUGUCUCAUAAAUGUCUAGCUGCUGAACACUGUGUGCUAACAAGUGUGUGCCCCUAUUACUGUCUGUCAAAAAAAUCUCCUUGUAAUGGUGUUAUAACUUGCUGCUGACAGAGGACUCUUUAUUGCAUUAUCUGUGCCUCUAGGCCUGCAUGUCUGACAUGAUACCAUUAACAUUUGGCAACCUUUGCCUUCUGUUUAUCCCUUCACUGAUUUUUUUUUUAGUGGAUGAUAUAUGAAGUAUUCAAAAGAAAAUACGGUUUUUGAAGCUGAAAUGUCUAGCUGCUUCACUUGCUAUUAGUUGAUUUUGGAAAUCUGAUCCCCCAAGAUAGCACAGAUAUGGAAGCCCAUGGAUGUUAGCUUCCACCAUGAUGCCAAGAUGGUUUCCUCUGUGCAUAUUAAUGAAUAUUAAGGAAUAUUUUGUGUUUGAACUAUUAAAAUAGGCAGUUAAAAGUGUUUUUAAAGGAAGUCUUAAAGGAGCCCUAUGCAAAAUUCAUAUUUUGCAUGUUUGAAUACUUCCAUUUGGGUAACAACUGCUUCUAAAAGCAGCCCAAGCACUUAAA